AUGGGCCUUUCGUCGGAAAAUGAGGCCCUCCUCGAGAAAGCUAUCGCUAAAAUUGGGCCUCCAAAUAUUCUCCUACAAAACGAGAAUGGAAAAAUUGAGAAUAUUUCGGAUUUGUCGUUUGAAGAUGACCGGGAAAUCGAGGGGAAAGAAGAGAAGAAUGAGAGGCAGACUUGUAAGAGGGUUGUACAAGUCUCGCUUCUGCUCGGCGCUCUUCCGCUUCUCUUCGUCUUCGUCCUCUUGCCAUUGCUCAUCUACUUCUGUCCGCACGUCAUGCAAAAUCUGUUCUUUCUCAAUUUUCGUAAAAUCCCGAUGACCGACUAUGAGAAUGUUUCGGCGAACAACGUGAAAUCGACGGGUCGAAGUUUCUAUCUACAGGGUGAACAAGGGAAAAUUGGAGUUUGGCAUAUGUGGCCACGGAGUCUCUCGGCUCGAUACCACGACAAGAAUAUAAUUCCGACUGGCGAGGAAAUGGAGGAGUCUCUCUCGAAAGAAGUCUACCCGGUUGUACUCUACGCGCAUGGAAAUUCAUUUGAUAGAACAAUUGAUCACCGAUGCCAGUUGUACAAUGUGCUUAACGAUAUGAACUAUCAAGUGAUUGCUUUUGAUUACAGAGGUUAUGGAGACAGCGAGGGCACACCAACAGAGGAGGGACUUGUGGCCGAUUCACGACUCGUUUUUGAAUAUUUACGGAAGAAAGUCGGCAAGAAUCUUCUCAUCAUUUGGGGGCACUCGAUGGGUACCGGGGUAUCAACGAAGCUCGUGCAAGACUUGUCAAAAGAGAGUAAAGCGCCUGAUGGUCUCAUCUUAGAGUCACCGUUCAAUAAUCUUCACGAUGCCGUCAUGAAUCACCCAUUUAGUUUUCCAAUUCGCUGGAUGCCCGACACGUUGGUGAAUUUGUUGAUUUUAAAUCCAUUGCGCUCGGUCGGAUUGAACAUGAACAGUGAUCAGCGAAUUGUUGACAUCACAUGUCCGAUUUUCAUCAUCCACGCCGAAGACGACCACGUAAUCCCCGCGAAACUUGGACGACUUUUGAGAGACGCGGCAAAGCAAGCGGAACGGGACGUCGAAUACCUCGAGUUUCCCUCAAAUCGGCAAUUCAAACACAAGUUCAUCUAUUUGGCUGACGAAUUGCCGACACAUGUGAGAACCUUCUUCGCCAAAUGUGAUAAGUUACGCCACGGGAACAACUCACAGCGCCUAGAU